AAGUGAUAUCAAAUCGUGAUCAAGACAAGCAUCGUUUCGAAAAACUACGUGUGUAACACAUAGUAUUUUGUUUACAUACUUCUUAUUCAUUCAGAAAUCAGAAUUCAAUAAUCAAAUUAAGAAUUUAAUCAGCUAAAAUGUCGGAAAGAAAAGUUUUGAAUAAAUAUUAUCCACCGGAUUUCGAUCCAUCUAAAAUCCCUCGCAUGAAAUUAGAGAAAAAUAGACAAUACACCGUGCGGUUAAUGGCUCCGUUCAAUAUGCGAUGUGCUACUUGCGGCGAAUACAUUUAUAAGGGAAAGAAAUUUAACGCUCGAAAGGAAGAUGUUGAAAAUGAAGAUUACUUGGGUAUAAGGAUAUACAGAUUCUAUAUAAAAUGUACUCGGUGUCUGCAAGAAAUAUCAUUCAAGACAGAUCCAAAAAAUACAGAUUAUGAAAUAGAGGCUGGUGCAACCAGAAAUUUCAUGGCAUUAAAAUUGGCUGAAGAACAAGCUAAAAGGGAAGAAGAGGAGCAGAAAGAGGAAGAAGCCAAUAAUCCCAUGAAAUUAUUAGAAUACAGAACAGAACAGUCAAGGCAGGAAAUUGAAUUGUUGGAGAGUCUUGAAGAACUCAAAGAGUUGAAUCGUCGACAGAGAACUGUAGAUUAUGAGGGAAUGCUGAAACAGUUUCAGCCAGAAACAGCAGAACAGAGAAAAGCGAGGGAGGAACAAGAAGAUAAUGAAUUUAUAAAGUCAGUUAAAUUCAACAAUCCAUCAAAGCACAAAGUAGUUGCAGAAGAAAUUAUCGAAGAUGUUAAUGAAGACUAUGAACCAAUUGCAAAGAGUAUCAAAACUGAGGUGCCGGCUCCCAAGCCAGUAGUAGCCAAGAAGGAAGCCUGGAACAAAAGUAUAGGUGUCAUAUCAAAGAAAACUCCUUUAGCUAAUCUAGUGCGAAGUAAGAAAACAGAGACAAAUACAAGUGUCAGUGAAAAAGAAGUGCAAGGUUCGUCAAACGGGUCUAAUAGUGGUAAAGAUAGUGCUCAAGCAAAGCCUUCAGGACUAUCGUUAUUAGCUGAUUAUUCAGGCAGUGACAGUGAUUCAUAGUGAGUUAUAAUUUGCAUGUUUUCUUAAAUUGACUCGGGAUGUAGGUUUUAUGUGACAUUAAUUGGGGUGUUCUAAACUCUUUUUUAAGUAAAAAUUAAAGCAAAUAUAGUGAUUAUGUUACA